AUGGCUUCUACACAGGUAUCACAUGGAUCCAGUGUUAGCAGCAAUACGGUGAACAAUAACAAUAACAACACCUCCAGCUCGUCUUACGCCAACGUGUUGUUGAAUUUGAAGGAACAGGGCAAAGACUCAUCGAACCAGACCGACAAUAACAAGGAAAACAUUGCCAGCGAGCGAGCAGCAAGUGGCACCCAGAACACCGGCAAAGGCAAACCAAUAGUCGGCCCGACACCAGUAAGGGAAGCUAUGAUGCCUGGAUCCGCGACAUCGUCCACCACCGCUACAAGUACUUCAUCGUUUGGCAAUCCGACCGCGUCCACGGUGGAUGACGGAGCAAAAGAUGCGCUCAAUAACGAGCUUGACGCAAAAGGUGCACCCGAGGAAAUGGAAGACGAUGCCAACUUUGUUCCGGUCGUGUCGCAUCACAAGCGCGAUCGAAAAGCUAAGGCAGCUGCUGCUGCUGCCGCGGCCGCCGCUGCCGCUGCUUCCGUAGCAAGCAUACCGGGCGCUAGUUCGAAAUCGGUUGGAGAAAAAGCAUCAGGAGCUGGAGCUGCAAGAGGGCCUGGCAGGCGCUCUGCGGCUCCAGGGACGCAAACGCACGGCAAACAAACCAAGGUCACAAACGAGCGUGGACCAGACGAGCGGGGUUCUUACAGGAAAGACUUCGGAAAGAGGAAAUCAAGUGAUCGAAGCCGUAACCAUGCCAACAGCACGGUCGCCGGUGAAGCUGUGAAGGAUGAGAAGGCACAUGAUUCAUCGCUGGAAGGUGGCGCUGGCAACGUCGCCGGUGGUGGCGGUGGCGGAUCUGCUAACAAACAGCAACAACAACCGGUUGUUGCCGGCGGUGGUGCAGCGUCCGGCACACCGGGAACACCCUCGGAUGAGGAAGAUCGUGGCAAAGAAGAUGGGAAGAAGUUUGUUGAGGCGCCGCUUCCAAAGGUGAACGCAUGGAAGGUCACUCCGUCCGUCGAACCGGCACCGAUUCCCACAAAUGAAACACGUGUGCAAAGCAAAUCGAAUGCUAACACCGUGCGUGGAGCAUCAGCAGCAGCAGCGCCUACCUCGUUAGUUACAGCACCAACUGCCACCAUGAGCACAACUAGCACGGCUACGGCUACUGAGAAACCGGAGCUUUUAAGUGGAUCCAACGAAAAGCGCGUUGCACAGACCAAACAGCCAACCAAAGCCCAAGGAAAUGGCAACAACAAAGCAACGUCCAAUGAUCCAAACGGUAGCAAAUCGUCGGCACCGACCGGAAAGUCUGAUAAAAAGCGCAACAACUCCAAGGCUGCUGACUUCACGGCUAACAGUGGCGAUUGGCCUACAUUGGGUGAGAAAAAGGCAACCACUACUGAUGGGUCGAAAAAAGCCGGGCCUAGCGAUACGGUCGUAGAAAAACAAAAUGCGGGCUCGAAGGUACCGGGAACAGUGUCAUCGGCCGGUGGUGCGCAGCACAAACCAACCGACACGCCAAGUAAUGCCACAGCAUCGCAAUCGCCGAAAAAGCAUCAGUCCUUAGAUAAUGCCUGUGUUGAAAGUGUUGCAAGCACUUCAAAGAACUCCUCGACGGGCAGCAGCAACGUCGUUAAAGAUAGUACUACCAAAACUGCAGACCCGAUCCCGUCUCGUUCCACUGCCAAGUCUCAAAAUCAACCCGGUUCGAAAGCAUCGGUUGAAGCGGAUUCAAUUACUGCCGGUGGUAAGAAAGUAGCGGCCACCAGCGGUGGUGAUACUGCCCAAAUGCCACCCCCAUCGUCAAAUUCAGUUGCGAAGACACCAAACGAUGCUGGUACUGCUACUGAGCUGGAGCAAGUAUCGGCCAGUUCACAAAGUCGGCCCCAUAGUCGUGCCCGAGGAGCUGCAACUGAAACAGAAGCGAAUGGAACGACUGCAACCACUACCACCAACAAUAAUAACAACAACAAUACCCGUAAAGGUCCGAAACCGAAAUGGGUACCGUUAGAAAUUGAGCUGCCAAAAACGAGAGAAAGACGGGCCCGUACACCCCGGCACAGACGGUAUGACGACUACGAUGAAGGAAGUUGGCAUCAGCAGGAUUCCGCCGGCCCGCAGCAAACACAAUCGCAACAGACUCAGCAACAGCAGCAACAGCAGCAACCACAGCAACAACCGCAACAACCACAACAACAAUCACAACAGUCACAACAUCAGCAACAACAACACCGGGGCAACGCUGUCUCAUCGGGCCGUAUAAACAGAGGGCGAAGUUCUCGCGGUGGUGGUCCACCUGCCUAUCGCGGAGGAAGAGGCAGUGGUCGCUUAUCUACCGGGCGUGGUGGUAUCAAUUUCGGCUAUCGGAGAGGUGGUGCUCCCAUACGGCCGAGUGGAAGUAAUCGCCAUAUCAAUGAUAGGAAUGUUGCAGCAUCUGCAGCAGGAGCUGGCGGUGCCGAAAAUGGUGUUGGUGUGAUGCCAACUGGCACCGGAGGGCAGGAUUUCCAAGACUUUGCUGCGAUGAACAACAAAAUCGGCUCUGACCAAGCAGCGUUCAUCAUGCCUUACCUGAGCACGUUUUAUUACAACGGUGCACCACUGAUAGGAAUGGACCAGCUGAGCAUUAAAGAGUGUAUCAAGAAGCAAAUUGAAUAUUAUUUCAGCGAGGAAAAUUUAAAUCGUGAUUUUUACCUGCGACGAAAAAUGGACUCGGAAGGGUUCCUUCCGGUGACAUUAAUUGCAUCGUUUCAUCGUGUACAAGCGCUUACCGACGAUAUUGAUAUGAUAAUCGAAGCAAUCAAGGAUUCCGACAAGCUAGAACUGAUAGAAGACUAUAAGGUACGCACGCGGGUUAAUCCUACGAUGUGGCCGAUAGCGAUGGGUAGCGAUUCGAUAGCGACAUUUGUCAAUGGUGCGAUGAGUUUCCGUACUGCUUUGACCGAGCAGCAGCUUCAGGAGCAGCACCACACGGUGCAAACUAGAACGAGUCUGGGAGAGCAAAAAUCGUCCGAAGAGAAACCAGCUGCGGAAGAACAACAACAACAGUCAAUCGUGGUUGCACCGACAUCGGUUUCCGUCGCUGGCGAUAGUGCCGAUGUAGCUGCCGUGCCGCAACUGCAGGUGGCUUCGAAAAUUCUUUCUAGUAUUCCGCCACCUCCGUUACCUAGAAAUAUUCGCAAUCCCGUGAGUAAAGCAAGCAAAACGGUACCGCUAUUGAUUCCUUCGGUGAAUGUGGCGCCGAUGGUAAAACCCUGCUCCGUUAAAGCAGUUACACCGAAGGCGGCGAAUGCGGCAGCUAGUUUGGCUAGUGCACCCAACCCAGCACCGUCCACUGAAAGUGGGAAAAUAGCAGAGGAAAACUUAAAUCCCGACGUGCCGGAGUUCAUUCCGGGCGCACUAAUAGUGGAUAAAUCGCAACGAAGUAAAGCAAUUGAGAAAAAGCAUCCAAACCCACCCGGCACUGGUGGUGGAAAGAAGGGCACCGGCAAAGCAGGAGCAACCGGCCCUGUUGGUACUGGUAAUGAGGGUAAAGAUGAUAAAAAUGUUGUUGCAGUCGACGAUAACGUCGUGGUAACAACGCAAACUGAGGAGGAAAACAGUGAACAGCAACAGCAACCAGAGGCCACGCUGUGGAAGGAGGUAAAGAGAAGAUCUCGAUCGAGUCAAUCUCACACUCAGCAAGCAUCGACUCAGCAGCAACCACAAAAUCAAUCGGCACCGACAAAAAACAGUAGCGCUACCAGCAGUGUUAGUGGGCCUUCGGCAAACGACAUUGCUGGUAGCAAGAGGGCUGGAUCGGUGGAACAGCUCAUAAAACAAUCUUCGCCGCAAGUUAUGCCCCAUGAAGGUAGCCCAGCGCAACAGUUGAGCCAGGACAAAGUGAGUAGUGGUACGCCAAACGCGUUAACAUCGACAGUAGCGAGCGCGUCCGCCACGGAAGAACGCGAGGAGCUGGACUUCCAGUUUGACGAAGAGUUGGAUAUUCCCCGAAGCUGUGGUGGUCGUGUAAAUCACUUCACCGACAAUUGGUCUGAGGAUGACGAUGAGUCGGAUUACGAGAUACCCGACAAUGAGAUAAAUAAGCUACUGAUCGUAACGCAAGUUACCCAUCGAUUACCGAAGCACGAUGGCUACGAUCGUACGGGAGACUUUACGACCCGUACGAAAAUCACACAGGACCUAGAGCGUAUCAUCAACGAUGGGUUAUUCAACUACGAGGAGGAUCUGUUGACGAAUAAAAGUGAUGGAAGGCGCACUGGGGGAUUUCAUAAUUACCGCACGGUAAACCUUAUUACACAGGAGGAGUACGAUAAGCUAGUGACGAAGCCACCGAAGCUGGCAAACCAGGAAACACCGGCACCAUCGUUGCCGGUUGCACCAAAUGUGACCGUUGUAUCACCUCCAACUUCGACGCCAUCAACUUCGGAGCUGCUGGAUGAGUCCGGCAUGCUCGACGAGCACUCGUUGCUGGUGGACGUGAGUGGGCUUAAUGUGAGUAGCGCUUCAACGGCAACCGGCAACCGUCACAAGGCCCGAUUCUAUGCCGUGAAUAAGGAUGAGUUUGUGGAUCCGAUAACGCCGCGCAAGCGUAAGACUCGCCAUCUCACCAACCCGCCCGUGGAAAGUCACGUCGGUUGGGUGCUGGAUGCGGUUGAGCAUCGGCCUCGCACGACCAGCAUUGGCAGCUCGGCCGGUACAAGCCCGACGGCCUCUAGCUACGGCUCACUGCCGCACAGUUUACCAGUCUUUCAGCAUCCGUCCCAUGCGCUGCUGAAGGAAAAUGGCUUCACACAGCAGGUGUACCACAAGUACCACAGCCGGUGUCUGAAAGAGCGCAAGCGAAUGGGUCCCGGCCAAUCGCAGGAGAUGAACACACUGUUCCGGUUCUGGUCGUUCUUUUUGCGUGAGAACUUCAACAAGAACAUGUAUAACGAGUUCCGGCAGCUAGCCAUUGAGGAUGCGGCGGAAGGUUUCCGGUACGGACUAGAGUGUUUGUUUAGAUUUUAUUCGUACGGUUUGGAGAAGAAAUUCCGAACCCAACUGUACGAAGAUUUCCAGCAGGAAACAGUAUCAGACUACGAGAAUGGUCAGUUAUAUGGACUGGAGAAAUUUUGGGCCUUCCAGAAGUACUAUAAGAACGCUUCCAAGCUUUCGAUAAAUCCUAAACUAAAGGAAUAUUUGGACAAGUUCAAAUCGAUCGAAGAUUUCCGCGUGCUGGAACCGCAGAUUAAUGAAAUGCUUGAAGGCGUUGGUAAUUUGAAACCAUGUCAAGCGAAACGUCGCCCGCGCAGUGUAUCGGAAAGCGAGGGCGUAGCAGUGGUGGUCGGUUCAGCACCGGGACCGUCUCAUGCUGGUGGUGGUCAUCCGUAUCAGGCCGGUGGAAGUCGUCGUGGUGGUAGCAGCGGCGGCGGAGCGAGUUCGUCGAGUCACAGUAAUACUGGUCACUACGCGAGUCGAAAUCGAUGCGAUUCAACCGGAAAUAAAACGGUGGAGGUGUCAAAUAGACUUCGCACCCGUGCCGGUUCCUUCGGUGAUUCAACGCAAGUCAUGCGUCGCAGGAGUGGUUCGGCUGGCAAUCGUGUAGUCCGUACGUUUAACAACCCAGGUAGCAGCCAUCGUUCUCUUGCCUUUCUCACCCGUAGCUCGAUGCAACCUUCCACGUCAAGUGGUGCAGGUGGUAGUAACAGUAACGUCAGUAAACAUCAGCAGCAACAACCACAGUAUGCUGCCGGUGCCAACAAAAUGAAACCGUAUAAAUCAGUUCAAAUCAAUUACAACGUGAAUAGUGGAAGUAGUGGUGGUGACAAUACUGCAGGACCGUCGACAGAAUCCGCCAGCAGCAGUAACAGUAAAUCUAAUGACAGCAAUAUUCAUAACUAA